AAUCUUUUUCACCUAAUCUGGAACAGAUACAAAUGACAUAAAAAAAAAGCAUUCUCAAAAAGGAAGUUUGAAACUGCUCCUGAACAAGAGGAAAUGAAAAGCGUAAGUGUAAGCAGUACUUUAGUAACACUUCCUUGUAGGGUUUGGGAAUUAAAGAUGAUUGUUAGAUCAUUUUGAGACACGCUCUGUUGGCUGCGCUGAUUUCACUGGUCUUGUCUGGAUUUUUCUGCUUCAUUGUCCUCUUUUUGUCUGGCACUGAGAAGCUGAAUUCAGUCAACAUGUUUUUUUCAGAUGUGUAUGCAGAAGCAAGGUCUGAGCUGUUCUCUGGGACUAGAACCCUCACUUCAGAUAGAACCAUGGACCUCGGUCUAGCUGAGGACCACUUCUCAAGGCCUAUGGGUUCGUUUGCAGCAUCUGACAUUGAACAGCUGAAACUGGCCAUAGAGGAGUGUAAAAAGCUGAUCUUGGAGCUGCCAGAGCACUCAGAGAGACAGAAGGACACUGUUGUAAAACUUAUCCACCUCCGUCUCAAACUGCAGGAGCUUAAGGACCCUGAGGAGGAUGAGCCUAAUUUGAGAAUCCUAUUGGAGCACCGCUUUUCCAAGGAGAAGAGCAAAAGUGUGAAACAGACCUGUGACAAGUGUAGCACUAUCAUCUGGGGCCUUAUCCAGACUUGGUAUACUUGCACAGGUUGCUAUUAUCGUUGCCACAGUAAGUGUAUGAACAUGAUCACAAAGCCCUGUGUCAGGUCAAAGGUCAGCCACCAGUCAGAGUACGAGCUCAGCAUCUGCCCUGAGAUAGGACUGGAUCGGCAAGACUACCGUUGUGCGGAAUGCCGCGCACCUGUUUCACUGAGGGGUGUGCCAAGUGAAGCGAGACAGUGUGACUACACAGGCCAGUAUUACUGUAGCACAUGCCACUGGAAUGACACUGCCGUCGUCCCAGCUCGUGUCAUCCACAACUGGGAGUUUGAACCACGCAAGGUUUGUCGCUCCUCAAUGCGCUACCUGGCCCUGAUGAUAUCACGACCUGUGCUGAAGCUGAAGGAAAUCAACCCGCUGCUAUUCAACUUCGUGGAGGAACUUGUUGAGAUCAGGAAACUUCGCCAAGACAUACUGUUGAUGAAACCCUAUUUUAUUACCUGUAAGGAGGCAAUGGAGGCUCGGCUAUUACUACAGCUACAAGACCGGCAGCACUUUGUGGAGAACGAUGACAUGUACUCACUACAGGAUUUGAUCGACAUCUCCAACGGUAGACUCAGCUGUUCCCUCACAGAGAUCCAUACCACAUUUGCGAAACACAUCAAACUAGACUGUGAGCGAUGUCAGGCCAAAGGAUUUGUGUGUGAGCUGUGUAAGGAAGGAGACAUCCUGUUCCCUUUUGACAGUCACACCUCAGUCUGCCAUGAGUGCUCUGCUGUCUUCCACAGAGAUUGUUACUAUGAUAACUCCACAACGUGUCCACGAUGUGCCCGAAUGACUGAGCGCAAGCAGGACGACGAUGUGAAAGACGCAUAGCUCUGGAGAGGACCACCUGAAGUUUCUGGAUGUUGCACUUUGCCUCAUGUUGUGCUCUACUCGAUCAAGAAAGUCUGAUAGAAAGCUAGCUUUUUGUCUUUGUCCUUGGUUUGUUUUGUGAAUAUGUUUAUACUGGAGUGUCUUUAUCUUCCCGUGCACUACUUAAUGGAUACUUAGAAACUGGAGAUAUGAAUGCCAAUCAGCAACAACAUUAUAACCACCUGCUUAAUCUGUUGUAUGUCCCCAUUGUGCUGCCAAAAUAGCUCUGAUCUGUCAGAGGAAGGGACACAGGAUCCCUGUGGGUAUUUUGUGGUCACUGGCAUCAGAAUGUUGGAUUCUUUCGGUACUGUGCAUUGGGGGUGGGGAGAGGGAGGCAAUCUUGCUCAGGUUGGGAUCUGGUGAGUCUACAGGCUAUUGUUGUGGUCCUUGAGAGAUUCCUGAGCAGUUUUCCAAAUGUGACGGAGUGCGUUGUCCAGCUGAGGGGAGGCUGCUGCUGACAGGAAGAGCCUUUGCCAUGGGGGGGGGGGUUUAGUCUGCAGUGUUUAGGUGGAUGGUGUGCGUCAAAGAACAUCCACAUGAAUGCCAGAACCCAAGGUUUCCCUGCAGAACAUUGCCUAAACCAUUGUGUGUGUGAGUGUGUGUGUAGUGUGUCUGAUGAUUAUGUAUAAAUAUACAAAAUAAAUGCCCUAUGGAGAAAAGCCACUUCAUCAGUUGUUACAGUGGUUGGUAUGCAUGCAGGAGUUGUAUAUUAACUGUUACAAGACUCAGCUGCAUUGACCUACACUGCCAGCUUCGAUGAUGAAUACUAAACUUUAAGGUUGCCAUAUAUGAAAAGUGGAUUUUAAAGAUUCUAACUUCAGCUUCCAAAGACAAAAAUUUCCCUUUCAGAUUCCAUUGAUAUGUUUUUAUUUUAAAAUCUAAAUUCUGUAAACAUUCUUGAAAGUUAAGGGAACAGUUCACCAAAAAGUCAUUAUCUACUCAUGACUAUGUAGAUGAAAAGUCAGAUGAAGGUUCUUAGUCCAUAAAAUUUUGUGGAGUAGCACAGCAAAACAGCAUAUCAGCAUUUUCCUAAACAACUGAAGAAGCUGGGGAUUUGUCUUAAAACAUUAGAAACAACUGAAAAAAAACCAUAAAAUGGCUACAUACGACUUAUCAGACAUAAUCCAAGUGUGCAGAAGGCCCAAGAUACGAAAAUGAUUUGAAAAGACAUGAUUUGUAUGUUUCCUUUAGGCCAGAAUCUUUACUGUAAAAGUUAAGCUAAAAGUGCAGCCACGCACCCAUCGCAUCCCAUGUGGCCGUACAUGUAUAUGCGUUUGAGCUCAUGAAUGCACUUCAGAUGGAUGGGGUCGAUUUUUAUUUUAGGGUCAACUGUUCCUUUAAGUGAGUGUACAUUGCACUGAGCUGUUGUUUCCAAGCAUUGGUUUAUUAAUUAAUUUAAGUCAAUUUUGGUAUUUAUUUAAGGAAUUAAUUCAGUAAAUGAGACUAUGUGAUCAUUGAUCAGUGCCCCCCCCCCCCCCAUUUUUCCAUAUUCCAUCAUUGGAUACAACACUGUUUACCUCACCUGCUGUUCCAACAGCUGUCCUUGCUCGUCCUCCACUUGUGUCUCAUGCUUAUUUUCCUCUCAGAGUCAAAGAUCUUCAGACAUAAUUCCAGUCCUUCAAGCAAUAUUCCUUUUCAAUACUGCAUUUUACCUCAUGUUACACUAUAGGCCUUGUUUGAGUUUAAUUCUCAAUUAGUAGCCCUGGGGUAAAGGAAAUUAAAAUUGCUGGAAAUUGGAAAGACUUGCACUUAUUUGACAACAAAGUCUCUGUAUAUUCAGUCAUCAAAACUGUAAUUUGAAAAGAGAGGUAAGAGAUACAUAAUGAAAGCAUGCUUUUCUGGUACAUUUUUUUUCUGCAAGAAGAAUUGUCUGUCUAAAAAAGAAAAGGAAUAUGGGAGUUAAAUGUUCUUUCUUUUAUUCAGAACUGUGAACUCAUUGUAGACAGUUGGACUUGUGUUUAAUCCAUUUCUGUCUAGUGCAAUAUGUAGCAAUUAGAUGUGAAUACUCAUGAACAUUGUGUGCCUAAGAUUAUCAGGUGACAUACAGCUGUUAUCCAAACGUCUUAAUACACUUAACAUCGCGUUAAUGGUUUUGGUCUUAACGUAUCUAACACAUUUUGUCCAGAGAUGACAAGGAUUUUAAGUGACAUCUUGGGUAAUGUAUAAAUGUUGACCUAAAGUAUUUGUUUUAAAAUGUUUUCUGGCUGUGUUAUCUUUCAGCAUGAUGUACUGUAUUUUUUUUUCCAAAGUAAUGGACAUGCAUAGUGUUGGUUAAAGCUGUGCUCUUUCGGAAAACAUGUUGAAGUAGUGCAUGAAUAAAGUAAUGAAAUCUAUUUAAACUGCA